AUGCCUUCAUCCAAGGAAUUAGCGCCUUCAACGGCUCCGUUCUUUCCCAACCAGUUCAUCAAAAAUCAAUUCUGCUCCAAACCUCAGUAUCCGCCUGGAGAUACUGAUCUCUCAGGGAAGGUUGCCAUCGUGACAGGCUCCAAUACUGGGUUGGGAUUCGAAUGUGCUAGACAGCUCCUUUCUUACAAACUUUCUCGAUUGAUUCUUGCCGUCCGUACUGCAGCGAAGGGCGAAUAUGCAGCGACCAAGCUGCGAACCCAGUAUCCCCAGGCCACCGUUGACGUAUGGCUCCUGGACAUGAGUUCAUACGAGUCCAUCCAAGCUAUUGCAAGAAAGGCAGAGAAAGAGCUUUCCAGACUGGAUAUCGCCAUCUUGAACGCUGGAAUCGCUGGGUCUGAAUUCAAGAUUGUUCCUGAGACGGGGCAUGAGGAGGCUAUGCAGGUCAAUUACUUGUCAACCAUGCUUCUCACCAUCCUCCUUCUUCCUGUCUUGAAAGCAAAGUUAGAACCUGGCCAACCCGGAAGAUUGACGAUCGUCACAUCCAUGCUCUCAAUUAUAGCGAAAUUCGCGAAUAAGAACGCCAACCCACUAUUGCCUUCGUUCGACGAGAAGAAGAACUUCGAUUCGACGGAUAAUUAUCCGAAGACGAAAUUUCUGGGCCAACUGUCUCUCUGGAAAUUGACAGACCUGGUAUCAAGUGAUGAUGUGAUCAUCAACAUGGUUGAACCCGGCUUUACUAAGGGCACAGAGCUCCAGCGAGACGCCCCAUUUGCCGUCAAAGCUGCUCUGAAUCUACUGAAAGCUGUGUCAGCCAGGGAUGUCAAGCUUGCAGUGUCGACCUAUAUUGAUGCUGCGAUCGUCAAGGGCAAGGACUCCCAUGGAAGUAUUCUCACAAAUUGGGAGAUAGCACCGUACGCUCCUUUUGAGUACACGAGUGAGGGACGAGAGGUCAUGGAACGACUCUGGAAGGAGACCAUUGAGGAACUUGGGCCCAUGGGUGUCGGCAAGAUUCUGGAGUCACUGUCAGAAUCCUGA